AUGACAGCUUUUCUACUUUCCAUUGGACUCGCCCUCCUCGCCGCCGCGCAGGCAUGGGAUUACGGAGUGCCCUACUAUCCGGCACCGCACUAUUUCGAGGAGCAGCAGCCAUAUGAUCUUCGGUGUCCACCGUCGGGUCCGGAAAGUCUGGUUUGUGCCGGAGCUCCGGGCGUCCAGCCAUCCACCUUUCCCAGUCCCUGCGAGGUCCAACGUUUCAGAGCCCUGACUGGCAUAAACUGGGAGAUCAUCCACGAGAAUAGAUGCGAAACUUUGGAGAUCUGCCCGGACAACUGCCAUGAGCAAUACAGCCCUGUGUGCGGGAAGUACAGGGAUACCAGGCGCAACUUCAGGAGCGAGUGCGAACUGCAGCUGAUCAAGUGCCGCACAGGACAUCCUUGGCGAAAGCACCAUGAUGGCCCCUGUGAAAGCAGGUAUCCUGUUCCUCAGUCGCCUCGCGCUCAAAACUACAAUCCCUAUGCGAUUAAUCCUUACCAACCGAGCAUCGAAACUGGAAGAGCCUAUGGAUCCCAAGGACCUUACGGGUCUCAAGGACCUUACGGAUCUCAGAGUUCCCCUGAAGCCUACGGUUCAUAUAGGCCGCAAUCUCCCCCUCUGCCUUAUUCGCAAAGCUCAUUUGUGUCCCCAAAACCAACUUAUGAAGCGCCUAUCUAUCAGCCCUAUCAGAUAUCCUGGGAAAAUCUGCCCAUCGAGUAUGCUGAAACCGCCAAACCUUAUCCCAAUCCAACCUAUAAGACUACACCAACUACUACAUCCACAACUGCCCCUACAACUACUUCCACAACUGCCCCUACAACUACUUCCACAACUGCUUCUACAACAACUUCCACAACUGCUUCUACAACAACUUCCACAACUGCUUCUACAACAACUUCCACAACAACUACACCUCAACCAGAGACCACUCAAAAUCCCAGACAAAAUAUUAAGGUGAAUGCCGUGCUCGAUGACACCCAGCCUGAAGAAUCAACCGAGCCCAGUUCCACGGAGUCCAGUGCCACCGCUACACCUUUAAAAAAAUACAUAACCACUGCUUCUCCACAACAUGCUACAACCACUGCACAGCCUUCCAAAGCCUCACUAUCGAUAAACGCUGCUCAAGAACCUGAACGGGAGGCUCAGGAGACCACUAGCACAGAAAGAACUACAACUUAUAAGUCUUCCAAUGCUUAUAAUUCAUAUGCAACCUCCGAAGCUCCUGAGACCGAACCGACUACGGUGUCCGAAGACCAGUUAUUCAAAGUAAAUGAAGUCCAGAUAAGUACUGAGACAACUGAAACGGCUGCUGAGACAACGCAGACCCCCACUCGUACUUACCCAUCGUAUCCAACUUAUUCAUCCUCCAGUGUCCAUAAAACUUAUCCAACAUAUACCUCCACUGAAGCUACAAAGAAAGAGGAAGCUACCGAGAAGUCUGUCGACGAGAUAGUCAAAGUAAAUGCAUUUGAGGAAGACUCUGAAAACAAGGACGAUAUAAUAGCUACCACACCGAAAUCGCAUGUCCAUAAAACUUAUCCAACAUAUACCUCCACUGAAGCUACAAAGAAAGAGGAAGCUACCGAGAAGUCUGUCGACGAGAUAGUCAAAGUAAAUGCAUUUGAGGAAGGCUCUGAAAACAAGGACGAUAUAAUAGCUACCACACCGAAAGCGCAGUCUACUUACCCAUCGUAUCCAACUUAUUCAUCCUCCAGUGCCUCUAAAACUUAUCCAACAUAUACCUCCACUGAAGCUACAAAGAAAGAGGAAGCUACCGAGAAGUCUGUCGACGAGAUAGUCAAAGUAAAUGCAUUUGAGGAAGACUCUGAAAACAAGGACGAUAUAAUAGCUACCACACCUAAAGCGCAGUCUACUUACCCAUCGUAUCCAACUUAUUCAUCCUCCAGUGCCUCUAAAACUUAUCCAACAUAUACCUCCACUGAAGCUACAAAGAAAGAGGAAGCUACCGAGAAGUCUGUCGACGAGAUAGUCAAAGUAAAUGCAUUUGAGGAAGACUCUGAAAACAAGGACGAUAUAAUAGCUACCACACCGAAAGCGCAGUCUACUUACCCAUCGUAUCCAACUUAUUCAUCCUCCAGUGCCUCUAAAACUUAUCCAACAUAUACCUCCACUGCAGCUACAAAGAAAGAGGAAGCUACCGAGAAAUCUGUCGACGAGAUAGUCAAAGUAAAUGCAUUUGAGGAAGACUCUGAAAACAAGGAGAUAGGUAUGACAACGGAGCCUAGCACAACUGAGGCGCCAACUACUUACGCAUCAUAUCCGACUUAUCCGGCCUCGAGUAAAACGUACAGUUCUUCUGAGACUUCAGAUGAUGAUGACGAUGAAUUGGACAAAGAAAUAAAGAUCGACGCAGUCUCUGAACCAGCAACCAUUCAGAACACGACGUUCGCAACGACACCAUCCCCGACAACCACCAGCAAAUCUUUAUCAGAAGAGAAAAAGGAACUUGAGAUUAAUGCAGCUAGUGUGGCCAAGAGUACGAAGACUGAAUCAGCGGAAGUCCCAGAAGUUGUUAGGACAGAAAGCGUUAGUAAGAACGGAUCGCAGGUAAAUUUGGAGGUGACCUGCAAACGAGAAACCAAAAAACUAAAGCUGGACACAUCGAGCUCCGAUCGAAGCAACAUAUAUUUCAUAUUUUUGGGCUGCUAAACAAGUUGUUCUAG